GAUCACUUGCGCUCCUUAUUUUUGUGUAUUUGCGGGUUAUCAUUUAUGCAAUUAUCACUUUUGUAACGUCAAAUGCUAAGUGGACACUAAUUCUUUUCAUUCAUUUCGUACAGCAUAACGACAAAUAUUCUGCACACGUUAAGUGCAUUGCAGGCGAUUUGUAAACUGAGCAGUGGACUUGUGCCCCUUCGCAAGAAAUUAAGUUCAUCUUUUCCCAUCUAGAUUUUAUGUCUCUAUCCUUUUGAGACGAGCAUAUCCUCUCCAGGAAUUUCCAAAGAAGAUUAAGGUUUUUAUCGUCUUUGAAAUUUACUUGUCAGUUACCUAGCCUGCAGAGUUUUUUUUUUUUGAAGUCGUAGUCACUGUUAUUUACAUCACUCUCAAGGAAUUUUCCCUCAAAUUCUUACGGUUUUAGAAACAGAUCAUUAUGACGGAAUCAAAGUUGCUAGUUCUGAGUAUUAUCAGAUUUUUGCGUCAAGAAAGUGAAAAUGAACAAUUGGAUGCAGACACAGUGGAGGCAAUAGAAGUAGCAUCACAAUGUUUAGAAAAUGCGUUCAACAUCUCCCAACCUGAUUAUGAUCAUAACAUUUUGAAUUUGUUAUCUUUGAAAAGUAUUUUCCAUGAUCAUGUCUCCAAGUUGCCACCACAAUUCUGGCCAGAUGCGUCUGAAUCUGAAAAAAAAGCAGCAGAUGAAUACAAAACUAAAGGAAAUGAAAUGAUGCAAUCUCAACGGUUUGAGGAAGCCAAAAACUUCUAUAGUCGGGCUAUUGAAUUAGAUAGGAAAAAUGCUCUAUUUUAUGGUAACAGAGCAGCAGCAAGCUCAAAGUUAGAUCAGCAUUUAUCUGCUAUUGACGACUGUAAAAUAGCCCUCUCAAUCGAUCCUAACUAUGGAAAAGCCUACGGAAGACUAGGGUUGGCGUACAUUAAAUUAAACAAGACUGAAGAAGCCCUAGAAUGUUUUAGAAAAGCAAUUCAGAUUGAGCCCGAAAAUGAGAGUUAUAAAAAUAAUCUGAAACUAGCAGAAGAGAAAAUGAAAUCUCAGCCGCAAUCUGACCGGGGAUCUGGAGGAUCAGGUGCAAACAACUUGAACAGUAGUAAUCUUUUCAGUGCGGCCUCGGAAAUCUUCGCUGAUCCAGUAAUGCGACAUGCAAUGCAAGAAAUUGUAUCCCAAGUUUCAGCUCAAGGCUCUGUUCCAGUUAAUGAUCUUGUUCAAACAGGCGGUGUGCUGCUCGAUCGAUUAAGGAACGUCUCGGGCGUGGAUCAGUCGGCUAUCGAAAAUUUAUUCGCAUUUGCUUCAGAUGGCAACAAUCCUUUUCAAUUCCUAGGCGCAGCCCAGGCUCGAACUGGCCAAAGUAAUAGCCAGGGUAACCGAAACAAUCAGAACCCGAAUAAUUCAAAUCAAAACUCCGAUUCACAUCCUCAUUCAAAUUAAUCAGGAGUGCCACGACUUCACAAAUUCAAUUCAGCUUCCCGCAGAAGCUCAUAUUGAGGAUUCCGAUACACCUUAGCAAUUUAGUAACUACGUUUUUCAAGCCUCAAUAUCAUAUUAUCGCACUUGGCAGUUCCUAUUUUUGUACCAGUUUCAUGCUCGCUCAGUCUAGUAAAUACGCUUGCAACUUGUAGGACUGUUACUCUCGCAUGCAAUUCCAUAUUUUAAGAGCUUUUGAAUGUAGCUGCAGACUACCUGAAACAACGUCUGUACUGUGUCAGAGUUGGAUACAGUGAGGUUAUAUGUUUUUGUGAUCUUGAAUCUCUUCAAAAAUGUAAAAAAUUGAUGAGCGGAGAUUUCUUUAAGAAGGUAAAUAAGCGCAAUACAAGAAAAUCUGGUCACAUCAGAAUAGCCGGUAGUUUUAUCUGAAAUAUUAGGCAGUACUGAUUGUGAGUUUCAAGGAGCUUUUGAGAUUUCUCUCUGUUUUGUUUUAUCAUCGUCGAAUCAGUAACUGACUUUAUUAAGGUUAAUCGUAUUUCACUCCAAGCUAUUUUAUUGUUUUAUCAAAGUGAAUUAGCCUCACAAAGCUUCACUCCAUUAUUUCUGAGAGUGAAUGGGUGAAUUGCAUGUUUAAACGUUUGUAUUCGUAGAUUGAUGCUUGCAGGCUAGAGAAUGAGAAAAAAGUUCGUCUGAAUGUUGAGGAGUCCCCCCAAAGCUAACUAUUUUUGGGGGAAUGCAGGAUUUCAUUAAUGCUUGGAUCAAACAAAACCUUGUUGAGAGGAAACCUUUUGAAAAAUCUGUAAGAAUCAACUGUAAAAAGAGGUAUGGUGCCAUGAUUAAACAACAAUCUAAUUCAAAGAUAAUUAUUUACUUGAAUUUGUUUCCAUUUUAGUGGAGAACAUUAAUACCUUUUAGAAUUUUAAUUGUACACAUGACACCAAAAAGUAGUUGUCUUUUAAAAAUGUAAUAUUUGUAAUUGCCUCAUGUAUUAGGAUUUUCCUCUUUUUUUUCGACAUGACUAUUUUAACUAUAAUAUAAAAUAAACGCAUCAGUUUCACAAAAAGUCAAAA